UAAGUAACAAUCAGAAACAGUCCAUUUUGUUUCAUUUCAGUGGCAGUGGUAUGAUUAUUUCAGUCAGUUUUCAAUACAUUCCCUUAACAAAUUGACAUCCUAAAAUACGUUCUCGACAUUAAUUUAUUUUGGUGGUAUCGUGAGUGAGGAAAGUUUAAUCUCAAACAGUAUGAUCAUUUUGUGAAACUUGUGAACAGUGAACGUGAAGGAUUAUCAAUCCUUUUAUUUACUUCUGCACAAUUAAGUGGAAUUUGUUCAAAAUGGUCCAGGAGUACGUGUCUCCCGUUCGGGUACAUAAGUAUCCAUUCGAGAUGGUGAUGGCUGCGUACGAAAGGCGGUUCCCGACCUGCCCGCAAAUUCCAGUCGUAGUGGAGUGCGUGGUCACAGCGGACAGCUGGGCGGAAGAUAAUUCCCAGAGGCACACCACACGCCGCUGCCAGCUGAACGUCGAGGCGCCGUAUCUUCUCAAGAAGAUGAUCGGCGUGGACUACAUAUUCUUCAUCCAGAAGAACCACCUGGACCUGCAGAACAGGUUCCUGGAGAUCGAGGCGACCAACGAGACUUUCUCCUCCCGCGUGUCCGUCCUCGAGAAAUGUAAAUACUUUGUGCACCCUGAAAAUCCACAGUGGACCUGUUUCGAGCAGAGCGCAGUCCUCGACGUGAAGAACUUCUUCGGGCUGGAGAGCACGGUGGAGAAACUGGCGAUGAAGCAGUACGGGGCUAACAUUGCUAAAGGCAAAGAGCUGAUCGAGUCGUUUAUGAAGGAGGUCCACGACGAAAACAUCACAGAACUGGCGCCCUGGAAAAAGGGCAACCAGGAGUAUAACGCGUACCUGAGGAACGUAGUUUCCCGGGGCGCAGAGCCCAAAUCACCCAGCAUUACCACCGAGAUCCGGCAAAGUUCGCUGUCAGACCAAUACACACUGGACAGUGACUACAUAAAGCGCUACCUGGGCGAGCUGACUCCCAUGCAGGAGUCGCGACUGCUGCAGCUCAGGAAGUGGAUUGCUGACUUGCAGAAGGGGAAGGUGCCAAGCGACACGACCUUGCUCCGAUUCUUGCGCGCUCGAGACUUCAACGUGGAAAAGGCGAGGGAGAUGCUCUCCCAGUCCCUGCUGUGGAGGAAGAAGCACCAGGUGGACAGGAUCCUGUCGGAGUACGAGACCCCGGAUGUCGUCACGCAGUACUUCCCCGGCGGCUGGCAUCAUCACGACAAGGACGGACGUCCUCUAUAUAUCUUGCGGCUGGGCCAGAUGGACGUCAAGGGUCUGCUGAAGUCUAUUGGCGAGGAUGGCCUCUUGAAGUUGACGCUUCACGUGUGUGAAGAAGGUCUCAAACUUCUGGAGGAAGCCACUCGCACCAGCGAGCGCGCCAUCCAGUCCUGGUGUCUCCUGGUGGACCUAGACGGACUGAACAUGCGCCAUUUGUGGAGGCCAGGAGUGCGCGCGCUGCUUCGCAUCAUCCAGAUCGUGGAGGCCAACUACCCGGAGACCAUGGGCCGCGUGCUCAUAGUGCGCGCGCCCAGGGUCUUCCCCAUACUCUGGACUAUUGUCAGCACUUUUAUCGAUGAGAACACUCGAAGCAAAUUCUUGUUCUACGGUGGGAAGGACUACCUGCAGCCUGGCGGACUGCUCGACUAUAUUCCCAAGGAUCUGAUCCCAGACUUCCUGGGUGGACCCUGCAAGUCGGAUAUUGUAGAUGCGUCGACGUACGUGCCGCAUCGAUUUUACGACUACAGCUUCGUGCACGAAGGGGGCCUGGUGCCCAAAAGCUUGUACGUGGCUGGAGCUUUUACGGAGCGGGAUGGUGACCCACUGAGCGAAGAUAGCGUGUACAGAUGUGUCAGUUUGGGCAAGGGACAGAUCCACGAAGUAAUAGUCGUAAACAGAGAUCCGCACAGCGUGCUGACGUGGGACUUCGAUGUGUUGAGACACGACAUCUCCUUCGCCGUGUUCCGCAGCGUGCACGAGCUGACCAUUGCUGAUGAUAACCCUGCUUUAUGCGUAGGCAGCGGUGGUUCGGAGAAGUCUGUCCUGGACCAGAAGAACUGGCGCGAGGGGGAGCACUACCAUCGAGUGGAGCCAGCGCUGCACUGCCAUGAUGGAGAGAGCAUACAAGGCUCCCACGUGAUGACAGAAAGUGGCAGCUACGUGCUGCAGUGGCGCUGUGAGCUGCUGGACUCCACGCCCCGCGCCGCGCAGCUGGUGUAUUUCCAUGAGACGCUCGACAGCCAGCAGUACAAGGGUUCAAUGUCGAGCCUGCAGUCAGGCACGUCCGGGUUCUCGUGUCUGUCCGGCAAGUCGGUCGCCAGCUCCUGUCCUUCGCGGUGAUGGCCGGCCGCAGUGGCGCCCUCUGCGAUACCAACGCCCUCUACAACUAACGCGGCUGACAGCUAAGCUGGAAUCGUUUUAAAUAAUAAAUCUGUGUUAUUUUCAAUAUGGUUUUGUUUUUGUGGAGAAACGUUUUGUAAUUAAUAAUAAAUGUAUUUGUUAGAAUAUGUAGUGGUACAUAAGGUGAAACUACGCACGUUUUUUGAAAACUGGCUUAUUGAAAUUAUCGAACGAGCCUUUGUGACGAAAUUUGACUGUUGCAUUUCAAAGUUGUCAGUUAUUUUAUAUGUUCAUGAUAGUUUAUUAAAAAAAAAAACCGUAUAAUAUUUUUAUACAUGACGUAAAAUGGACGUGUUGCAAAAUGUUUCUCCACAAAAUUGAGAUGUUGCAAAAAAGUAUUGUAGUAGUUGCACGACAGUAUUGUGAUUUGAUUGCGACAGGGUUGAAAUCUGUGGUAGAUUUUUUUGUUCUUUCGAAAUCAACAAAUUUUAUGUAACCAUGUAGAUUUUAACACCGUUGUAUCCUGUCGCAAUGUGAAGUAAAGAAUUCGCCGCCAGGGGCGCUGUUGUUGUUUUUGAACUAAAUUGACGUUUGUGAUGUGCGCAUGUCAAAACUUACCACAACUCUCCAGCGCAUCUUGCGGUGAAUUCGCUAGCUGAAGCCCCCAUUACGUUAAUAUUUUAAUUACAAUUUGCCUUUUGUGUUUGUUACAGCUUUGUGCAACUGACCACCUAUAGUUAAAUGUAAAUGAAAUAUGUCACGAAUAUUAUAGAGCUGAUAUCGUAUAAUAGUUUAAAGAAAUUAUAAUGAUACAAUGUUAUUUAGUGAUAAUUACCUCGAAAAAUAUUUCAGUCUUGAAGUGGCCAUCUGUUAUUGAUGACAACGCCCUCUAUGAAGAAUCAGUUCUUCAUAGAGUUCUACACUUGAGCUAUAGAAAUAUUCUAUAAAACAUUCAAUAUUAAUCUUAUUACAUAAUAAUAAUAUUUAAAAUUAUAAUAAUAAUAUUAUAUAUUUUGCCAACGUAGACAAUGUAUAGCAAAUAAUAAUAUAAUUAAAUUAAUUGAUAAUUUAUGCCACAGAAUUGGUAAUAUAUUUAUAAACAGUAUAUUAGGUUUACCUACAUACAAUUCUAUUAUCUUAAUAUUAUUAUUUAAUAUACAUAAUAAUAAUAAAAAAUAUUAACAAUCAUUGUAUAAAAUUGGCACUCGAUGAUUAUAUACAUGACUAUGACAGCUGUCAAACUUGACAGUAUAAGCGAAUCGUGCUGUCACACUUUACACCUUUGAAAUAGACAGUGACACCACGAUAUUUUAAAGCAACGAAGCGUACUAUUAUUAUCAUGACUUUAAUAUACAUGCAUAUAUAUUAAAAUAAUAAUAAACUGAUGUUGUGUAGACAAAUCAUAGAUUAAUAUGCAAGUAAGCACUUUAGACAUAUUAGAAAGUUAUUAAACAAAGUAUUUAUUCUUAUAACUAUUGGAAUUGAUCAUAAUUUAUUGAGAAUAACGAAUAGAAUCGUUCGGAAUUACCUAUCGAACAUGACGUCAUUACGAUAUUUCAUAUUUUGGAUUCUUUAUCAAAAUUAUGAUAUUUUAUAUACAGAUGUCUCUGUCAUCUGUCAAAGAUGUUACUGAGUAGGAGAGAGACGCGUGGUCAUUUUCGACCAUAAAUGUAUGAUAUAGUAUCACUUAUACACCUAAAUAUUAGCUGGGUGUAGCGAAAAAUUAAUUCACAUAAAAAGAAAUAAUAAAAUAUUAGAAUUUGUAUUUUCUCUUGAAAACCGAUAAACCAUUUUUACGGCCGACCUUCCUCUACUAUUCUUUACUUACAUAUUUGUAACACGAUCGUAAAAAUUUAUGAUACCUUGAUUUGUGCUCUAAGAUCUAGUGCAUAGGUAUCAAAUAGGCUUGGGUGUGUUUGUUAUCGUUUUCACCUGUGGCAACAUUGUCGCUUAGCAACAGUCCAAAAUAGGAACAACUUCAUAAUGUCAUUACAUUUCAUAUUAAGACAUUAAAGUGUGGCAAAUUCUCAUUUUAGUAUAAGUCAUGAAAUUAACCACGGCUUAACUAUUACCCUCCUUUGUUUAAUACUUAAAAAAAUAUAUAAUCUUUUAGGAGCGUAAUCGCCGUGUAAAUUUCUAUAUUUUUUAUUAAGUUGUUCCAAUUUUCCUUUGAUUGUAAAUUAAAAUAAAACUAAUAAUGCGACCAUUUGCUUAGAUAAAUUAGGACAAUGGAAAUGUGUUGUGUGCUCGAGAACUCUAUUAACUAACUAAUUUAUUUUCAAUCCAUCAAUUUGGAUAGGAAAUUAAGGAAUUAACUAUUCUUAUAUUAUAGUCGAUGACAGUGUGGUGAGUGCGAAUGUGCCUAGACAUCGUAUAAGUAGGGCGAGGCUUCGCAAAUUUCAUCCUCAUGUAUAUAGCAUAAAGUCUAUUUUUCAAUAAUUACUAAAUUAGAAUUAAGUAUCUUAGGAAUGGCAUAGUCAUUCGCGAACUUUUUCAUAAAUUCUACAUUAAAAUAUUAAUGGGAUUCACACCUUACACAUAUCACGUAUAUUAUCCAACUGUAUUAUAACUACAUAUUUGAUCAAUUAUAGGUGUACGUAUAGUUUAAAUGUAUUAAGUGACAAAAUUAUAAAAGAACAUGUAUCAAGAAAAGUUUCUGUCAUAAAUUAGUUCAGGAGAAGACUUAAUUUGCCCCCUCGUAACUGUAAGUUACAACUAAAAAUCUAUGCGAUAGCCCAGCGUACUAAAGAUUCCAACAAUUGUUGAAAAAUAACACUAUAUUUGCCAAAUUGUCGUGUGUUAUUUCUGAAUUUGUUUGCGAAUGACUUGGUCAACUUAGGUGAAUGUUCCGUCAGCCAAACGUUUUGCUCAGGGUUACGUAAACAUAGGCGAGUAGGGUACAAACAUACACACAUUGGCUUAGAAGCGGUUCCGCCAGGAGUCUAUAUAAUGCUGUCAAAUGCUGAGAGCUAAAUGGCACUGAUUUCCUUGCUGCAAGGCUGACAAGCCUUACGAAAAAACCGUCCAAAUAGAGAAGUUACAACGGUAACUUCUCUAUUUGGACGGUUUUUUCGUUAUACAUUGUCUAUUUUGAGAUAAACCGAUUACAAUGAUUAUUUAACUAUGAUGUGCUAUUUUUCUCCUUCAGAAAUUUGUGCACUGCGGGAAGUGUCACUUGCGAAACCGUCGCGGAAAAGAGACAGCAGUAUAUCUGAACGUCAUCUUCAAAUCCUUAAAUAGACUCCUGGGAUCGCAUAUCCGUGUCUCACUACAUGUGUUAUAAUAAAAAAGAUCCAAUAAAACGCAACAUAAAUUUAACUAUUAUGUAUAGGGUUAAAUAGUGAUUAAAUUCAUUGAAGCUUGUAAUUGUCUGUUAUCUUUAUAGUUUUGUCCGAUUUUCAUUUUCAUUAUUUAUUUAUUUUUUACUUUUUAAUUAGUAUAUAAAUAUAUCAUUAAUAAUUUGGUAGUGAGACACGGCUGAUUUCGUAAAGAAAGUAAGAAUGUAUCUCAAUAUUUGAGGAUGUAUAUAGUCGUAUCAUGAAAAAAAAAUCAAAAAAGGAAAAUAAGAAUAUUUUUUUAACGAAACUUUGACCAUAUACAGGACUGUAUGGGAUUAAAAUAACUUAUCCUCCUAUGAAGUUUCGAUUCACGAUAUUUCAUAAAUCCAUGAUCGCAUAUAUUUUCUUAUAAUAUAAAAAGUUGUACAUAAAUAAAUGCAUUAUUUCUACAUAAGUAAAUCACAAAUAUAUUGCCUCGAGAUUUGAGUUUUUUUUUUCUAAUAUUCCUGUCGUUGUUUUAAAAAAAAUUCUCUAUACAUAGUUGAAAAUGUAGGUUGUUUCGAUAAAAAGUGAUAUAAUAGUGAAAAUAAAUUAUAGAUUGUAUGGAAACAUUGCGUGUUACAUAACAUUAGUUUAGUAAUUCAAUAUUGUAAUGCAAAUUGUUCGUGCGGCUUGCCACAGCAUCUCGUAAAAUCCUCAUAAAUCUUUCAUAUAACGACCGCACUUCGAUAAUCGUAAAAAAUUAAAUAACAAAUAUACUUUAGCUUAUUUUUCCAUGGGAAAAGUUGGUAACGGAUGAAAUAUUUUAGGUUUUUAUUGUGUCAAAGAAUAUGAGACAUUGAAAUAAUUAUUUACACAUAAUUUUUGUUUCAUUUACUAAAUAUAUUAUUGCGGUCGUUAAUAGAUUAACUCAAAAAAUGUUUCAAAGUGGAUUUAACUUUUACAUAAAUUUAAGCUUUUAUUUCAGAAAAAAUAUUGAGAGAGAUGACUGUUUCAGAAAAUAAUAAUUGUAAAACCAUCUAACUACCAAUAUAAUUGCAAAUAAGGUCAUCGGCUGCAAUUUAAAUGCAACUUCAUGCUGUCGUAACAAGGUUCAGUUUGCCGCUGCAACACUUAUCAUUAAUAUGGUAAAAAUCAAUUAUUUUCCAAUCAAUGUUGGGCUAAGCGAAUAUGCAAGAUAAUUGAGAGGAAUGAGUCGUUGGACAAUACAGUUUCUAACUCGAAACACGAAUUCAUUAUUUAAUUGAUACAUUCAACAAAUUGAGAUUUUAUUUAUGUAAACAUCAUUUUUAUAUGGACAAGGCUUUGUCGAUUAAUCUUAGAUUAUUAAAAAAACAUGCUUGUGAAUUCUAAAAUAAUGUUUUCGUUAUUUUUGUGUAUACCUUUCCUUUUUUAUUCCUUUUUCAUUUUAAAUACUUGAUUGUUAUUGCAUUUUAAGAUGUAAUAUUUUUUUGUGGUAUAAAUCAUUUUGAUUAAAAUAAUCGAGUCGGAACUAAACACAGAAAAAGCAAGGUGAUAUAACGUAGUGUAGAAUUUAGUUGGAUGCAAAGUUGCUUGCUACGUAAAUGUGUAGGUAGUGAACAUAUUUGAAAUCUAGCUGUAAGUAUAUCGAUAGUUAUAUUAUACGAUAGACACAGUUUGUCUAUGAACCAAUACUUUUAUAUCAGGAAAUGAAAUAUAUUUUAAAACAUAACUACCCCCAUGGCCUACCCCUUCUAUUUUAACUUGUUUUAUAUGAAUGUUUACAACGAUUUAAUUUCAUUCCACAUUGGAUAUCAAUUUCACCCCAUUUCAUUGAAAUGAAAUGAUAAAAUCACUGGAUAAAAUAUAAUAUUAUUUAAAAUUUGGAACAACGAUAUUUUUUUCUUUAAUUAAAUUGUUAUGUUGUCAAUUGUUAUGAUAUUUAAUUGAUGCUAUCGAUAAUAUAUCUAUCGUAUAAAUUAUGCCAAUUUAAUUUAGACGUUAUUGUAGUUUAAAGCACAAUACAAACAACUUUUUGUAUCGUUUGUAUGUGGUUAAUUCCUGUAAAUUUUUGGGUUUGUUAAAGAUCUGAUUUCUACUCGAACGAAUUUAUAUUUCUUUGAAUUAAAUGCACAUUUAAUUAUGAUAUGUUUAAAAAGAUGAGACAUUCCCAGGGGAAUUUAUGCAAAUUUAUCCUUUGCAAAUGGAUUGAAAACAAGAUUUAGUAGAAAUUACUUGCUUAAUAUUUAUUUUAUACAUUAUGUGAACUUAUCAAUCGAUGGUUUGUUAAUACGUGCAAUAUUUUUUUUGUUUAUACAAUUCUCUACUAUCUUAUAUAAUAUCAAUGAUGUUUAUUACCAUAGAUAAAAUAAAUAUAUAUUUAUUACAGUGUUAUAGAUAAUAAAUAAAAAUCCUUCAUUUCUAAAUAUGUUUUGUCUCGUUCUGUCAAUGUUUUAAAUACAUGUAAAGUGAGGUAUAACAAGAGGGACCUGACGUGCUUAUGGUUGGCGUAGUAGAAAAUUUAAAGAAAUUUUGCGCAUGCGCAGGCAUACCAUAGACACGUCAAGUCUCAACUCUCGUGCGUAUUGUGCACAGGUGAAAAAUCAAAUCGCAUACAUUGUAGUAACAAUUUUUUAUUUUUUUUCUGAAUAACACCGUGCGAUUAUAGUCUAGCCUCACUUUUUUAAACUAACACAUUACAUAACAAAUAAAUACGUAUAUAUUUUGAGAUGUUGUGUUGUGAACGAUGAGCAAUCGACAUAGUAUUGUAAGAUCAAUGUGUUGGUGAUUAGACUAUGUUACAUGAUAAGAACAAUAAUAUUUAGUGUUAGUGGAUUCUAUUGAGUAUUGAAAUAAAUAUUAUCAAUAUUA